CUAGUGAGAAGUAUUAAGCACUUAAAACUUUAACGCCAUGGUUUCCACAGCCACAACCCAAAAACUGGAAGUGAUAUAAGUUAGCCCCUCCCAAUGUGUUUUGUCAUCAUGACACCAUCAGGAGUGGUGCCAUCUUGCCUCACCUCCUUCCUUUUAUACCCAACAGCGAUCAAGGGGUUAAAUAUGUGUCCAACAAGUGUUUGUGUGUGUACUCUGUAUCAGGGACGGACUGACCAUUUGGAAACUCGGGUACUGCCCGAGGGCCCGGGGUCAAUAGGGGGCCCAUGAGAUGCCACUGGUACCUUUUUCAUAGGCUUUUUUGAGUUUGGGCAAGGACACAGGGGCCCCACAAUCCCCUAUUGCCCAGGG